AUGGCCGACACAGUACCGGCAAAGCUCAAGAGCCUGCAGCUCGCGUCCUUCGCGAAGCGCGCCGCCCAACUCGAGCGAUUCAAGCCCAUCAUGACCUACUGGUGUGGACUACACUCGGCGGACCAAGAAUGCACCGCCUACACCACCGAUCUCAUGGAGAAGCUCGAGCAAUCAAAGGCCGAGAACCCCAACGAGGAUGCCUUGCUGGAUGACACGGUCGCAAGCGCAUACUGCGAACAGUUCGCGCUACAGACUCUCGCAAAAGCAGAAAGGGAGAUGGCUGAGAACAGAGUCAAUGGACAAACAGCCGAUACCCUCCUCGCCGCCUCCACGUUCCUCGAGAUAAUGUCGAUAUGGAAGAACAACGAUCCAGAGAUCACUUCGAAAACCAAGUUCGCCAAAUACCACGCGCUACGCAUCGUCAAAGCCAUCAAGGCCAACGAAGACCCCAAUGCGACAAACCCCGUACAGGAAACACCGCAGCAGCCCAUGUCGCCGUCUGCUCUAGAUCCAAACGACCCAGAAGUCCAGCGCAUAAACCAAGGCGCUCCACCCCCGAACCCAUACCAACCAUCUGUAGAGACAGCACCGAAUACCUCUACCCAGCCAUCGCCCAACUUCUCCGCACGCCAAGUAUCACCACCACCUCCCAAUCUCCCUUCUGCACCUACUGGAUACACUCAGUCAUCGCACAACGAUGUAUCUCCAAUAUCACAACCCGCCACCUCGAGGCAGGGCUCUGUCGUUUCGAUCGGUGGUGGAUACUUUCCGAGGACCAAUGCUCCAGAUCCUCCUACAUUCACGGCAGAGACGACGGCACCAGGUCUACCAACCGCUCCAAUGGACAUAGACCCCAUGACGUCUUCUCUGCCCACGAGCCCUCAGCCACCACAAGCCCCGGAACCAUCAGACCCUGCAAGCUUCUAUCAAAACCCGGCGUCUCCUGCGCAUGCUCAGGCUCCUCAGCAGCCACCACCUCAAAACCAGUACCAAUCUCCAACGCCCCCGCAAGUUCCGCAAAAGCCCCAGAGAUUAUCUUCCAGCUUCGGAGCACCCCCGCAACAACAUCAGUUUGUUUCGCCUUCGCCACAGCCGCCGCAACAAUACCAACAAGGCGGAUUCUCCCAGCCUGCUCAGCCGCAGUACCAGUCAACGUCCCACCAGAAUCCAUACGCUCAACCACAACCUCCUCUCCAGCAAACAUCGCAGGGUCCGUUCAGGAAUGACGAAGAUUCCAUCAUGGAAGCUACGAAGCACGCCAAAUGGGCCAUUUCUGCCAUGAACUUUGAAGAUGCAGAUACUGCUGUGAAGGAGCUACGCACAGCGUUACGGGCUCUGGGUGCGUUAUAG